AUGGCCAAGUUUAAUGUGCAUGAUGUGGCGUUGCCGGAGCUCAAACUUUCCCCGGAGCGUCAAGCUGCAUUGAUCGCCGAGGUCGAGGCGGUUGUUCAGAACACGCUCGAGCUGCGAUCAGCUUUCGCCGCUGGCGGCCGCCAGCUCGACACGUCGGCGUGGAAGCUCGUGAGGACCAAGGACGAUGUGCGCGCGUACCGCUCGCGUCGCGCAUUGCACGGCGUGGAUCCGUCCGAGACGCGUACGGAGACGUCGGACGCGCUUUCGUCAUCGUCGUCUAACAGCUCUCGAACGACUAUGAACAAGCUCACUGCUUCUAGCACUUCUUCCCACGACAGCGACCGUCUCCGUGCCAAGAAGUCUGCGCGCCCACCUGCCGUGGUGCUGUCCGGUACCGUCGACGGCACGGCCGAAGAUGCCGUUUUGGGUAUGCUGGCGGAUUCCGAACAGCACUGCAUGAUGCGCCAGUCGUAUCUAGGCACAGAGCUCGAGGACUCCCGUUUGCUGUAUGUUUUAGCCCGUCCAACGCCGCAAAACCCGUUCGCGUUCAUUGGCAUCAAGUGGGGCCGACAGACGUACGGCCGCUUCAGUCAGCCACGAGACUUCGUGUUUCUGGAGUCCACAGGUAUCACUAAGGACUCACGUGGCGAGAUGGUUGGUUACGGUAUCCGCCAGUCGACGGAUCUAUCGGACGUGCUGACGUUGCCGCGAUCUCAAGAUGUGCUUCGUGGCCAGUUGUCCGUGUGCCAAACGUUCGCCAACAGUGGCGUUCCCGUUGCCGGUUCGCGUCAUCACUCGGCUGAAAUGUUCUCUCGAGCGUUUCUACAACUGGACGGCGACGUGCCGGUGAGCGUGGCCGCCUCGGCGUUCGCUGAGAAGCUCAUGGCGCUCGUGAACACUAUGGAGUGUGCGACCGCCUACAAGCUCACAUGGAUGAUGAGACAGUCUUCUCGUCAGGCUCGUCCGGGCACGAGCGUCCACGGCACAAGUAGCCACUGUGCCAACUGCACGCGCAGUCUCAACAAACUCACUAACCUGCUGCUAUCGCGCGGGGGCACGUGCCAGGUCUGCCGUCGCUCUUACUGCGGCAAAUGCUCGGUGUACAAGAAGAUCUCGAUCGGUAUCGGUAACGAGGUGAUGCAGAAGUCGAUGCUCUUCUGUCUCGAGUGUCUCUUGGAGGCGAAGCACAUCUCGGCUCGCGAAGUGGCCGUGGACCAGCAAAAGUGGUAGUUAUUCCCCCGU